AUGUAUCUGUACGAGAACCGGUUUACUGGUGACAUCCCGACUGAGAUUGGGAACUGCACGAGUCUGAAGUUGAUUGAUAUGUUUGGGAAUCAUUUCAGUGGAGAGAUCCCUUCUUCCAUUGGGAGAAUAACAGACCUUACUCUGCUUCAUUUGAGAGAGAACGAGUUAGUUGGUAGCAUUCCCGCCACUUUAGGUAACUGUAACAAGCUGACGAUUCUUGAUUUAGCUAAUAACAAGCUCUCGGGUUCGAUUCCUUCCUCGUUAGGGUUCUUGAAGUCGUUAGAACAGUUGCAUCUUUACAACAAUUCUCUUCAGGGGAAUAUUCCGAGUUCACUUAUCAACCUGAAGAAUCUCACAAGGAUCAACUUCUCAAGCAACAAGCUCAAUGGCUCCAUCAGUCCGUUGUGCGGUUCAAGCUCUUAUCUCUCGUUUGAUGUCACGGAUAACGAAUUGAAGGGAGAUAUACCUCUUGAGCUUGGGAAUUCUCACAAUCUCGACCGUUUAAGGUUAGGGAAGAAUCAGUUGACAGGAAGAAUCCCUUGGACAUUUGGGAAGAUUCAUGAGUUGUCUUUGUUGGAUGUCUCAAGCAACUCUCUGACAGGAACCAUACCAUUAGAGCUUGGUUUGUGCAAGAAGCUGACACACAUUGAUCUCAACAAUAACUUUCUUUCAGGGGUUAUACCUCCAUGGAUCGGACAGCUUCCAUUGUUGGGUGAGCUCAAGCUUUCUUUUAAUCAGUUUAUCGGUUCACUCCCUGCUGAGAUCUUCAACUUAACCAACCUUCUUAUGCUAUCUCUUGACGGCAAUUCACUUAACGGUUCGAUCCCACAAGAGAUUGGAAACUUGGGAGCUCUCAACGUACUUAACCUCGGAGAGAAUCAGAUUUCAGGUCAGGUUCCUUCAGGAAUAGGUAAGCUUGGCAAGCUUUACGAGCUUCGGUUAUCGAGAAACAUCUUAACCGGAGAAAUCCCUGUUGAGAUUGGACAGCUACAAGAUCUUCAAAGUGCUUUAGAUCUCAGCUACAACAACUUCACUGGAGACAUUCCCUCUACGAUCUCGACGUUACAUAAGCUUGAGUCACUUGAUCUGUCACACAAUCACCUUGUCGGAGCUGUUCCUGGCCAGAUCGGGGACAUGAAGAGUUUAGUGAAUCUCAACCUCUCUUACAACAACCUUGAGGGAAAGUUGAAGAAACAGUUCUCUAAAUGGCAAGCUGAUGCUUUUGUAGGCAAUGUAGAUCUUUGUGGAAGCCCUCUUAGUCAUUGCAACACAGCUGGUCUGAACAAAAAGCUUAGCGCGAAAACCGUUGUAAUAAUCUCAGCUAUAUCUUCCUUAGCAGUGAUAGCUUUGAUGGUACUUGUGAUCGUCCUCUUCUUCAAGCAAAAUCUUGCUCUUUUCAAGAAAGGGAGAGGCGGAAACAGCGCAUUCUCAACAAACUCUUCUUCUUCAGAAGCUCCUCUGUUUAGCCAUGGAGGUGCAAAGUCAGAUAUAAAGUGGGAAGACAUUAUGGAAGCUACACAUUACCUUGACGACGAAUUCAUGAUUUGA